AUGACCCAGGCUCGCGAUACGGUUCUCAAGUACUUGCACGACCAUCUCGAGGGCUGGUCUAACCCCCAUGAGGUCUGCCGUGACGGGACCCUCCACCUCGUUCGAGCGUCGUGGGGCAAGAAUCGUGCGUCUCGCACCGGCAUGGUGUACAACAUCUGUCGCAAGGACUCCCCAUGUCCUUUCGUGGUAUGCAAGGUCCAACUCCCCCAUUCUUUGCGUCUGGAGUGCCUCCGUGAAGUUCUUGCGGCGACAUCCCACCACCCAGCGUCAUGGCGGGCCGAUCUCAUCAGGGAGAUACACCGCCUGUGCUCUCGCACCGGGGAACCGUUCAUCGAGGCCGCGCUUCUUGCGACCCUCAGCAAUACCGCCGACAACCCCACCCCGUCUCGCCUCGGAAGGCCGGCUCUUCCACGCGAGGACGUCACUGUAAGGCUCUUCUUGGAGAAUUGGACGCCGCCCACGUCCAUCAAAGAGCAAGGGAAACGCUACAAGAACAAUACUGUAGCUCUCCGUUGGGGCGAAAUGCAAGAGUUGCGUGCGGCCAUUUCCGAUGCGGUCAUCAAAGGCAUCAUCGGCCGUAACUCUGCGUUCGAGUACUUCGAUUGUCCAUCAAACUCCUGGAAACCCAAGUCUGAAACCCGCAUCGUCCUCCAACUCCAUGAGGGCCUUCUUGUCAGGCACAAAUCCGUUCAGAUGCCUUUCGAAUUCGCGCAGCAACUGCGCGAGGUGUUACCACCGAACGUACCCUCCCUGCUCCCGCCGAACCUCUCCUCUAUCCCGCACACUCCGAAUGCCUCUGUCGGCCACUCAUCUGCUCAGCCGGAUGGUAGUUCCAAGCUCUCUCGAGACCCCGCGCGCCGCCAAGACUCCCCGCCGUGCAAACGACGUGCACUUGCGUCUGCCCCGUCCCCCACCCCCGCUCCAUCGCGUCUGCGGAUACGCAGAAUGGUCCCCACGUCCACUCUGUUUGAUGUAGCGGACGAGAUGCAUGCUCCCAUGACGGAUGGGUUCUGGGAUGCUCUAGCGGCCGAGCAGCACUCCGAUGGGGACAACGACGUCGACUAUGAACAAGACUUCUUCUCCGACUUUACAGAGUCCUUCACUGACAUGUACGCCAUGUCCGACGCCGAGGACACAGAUACAGCCCCCUCGAGCAGCGUAUCAGCCACUCCUGCUCCUGCUAGCGCGUCCUUUACCUCGUUGCGCGCGUCCAUGCCUGUUGUGCGCGCAAACAACGUUGCUCCGCCCACCGUGGCCGCCUCCACGCACCCAACCGGUACUCAAGUCCGCGACCCAGCCACCCCGACGCGCGCCCCACGUGUGCUCGCCCCCCUUCCCCGGACUCGCACGAACAUUCCUACCGUGCGCCCCACCGUUGCCUCCACUAGCACCCAAGUUUCCUGCGUGCCCGCCACCAGUAGCCAGACCCGCUCCGCCCCAACCAUGGCUUCCUCUGCCGCCGCGGCUACCCAAGCUCCUGCGUCGGCCACGGCUGGAGCGCGUUCUCGCUCCCCGAGUCUUGCAGCGUCCGACGACUCCGAGCGCACCCUCGUGAACGAGCCCGCGCGCCCAGCCUCCGGGAUUCCCGGCACGUCUUUCCUGAACCCCAUCGUCAUUGGUGAGGGCCCGGGCGAGGAUGCGGACCAUGCCUUCCAGGUCUUUGAUCAGACGGGCUCCCGAGACGAUCCAAUAGUCCUUUAG